GUAAGCGCGACUUCUGGUUGAUGCGCAGCACGCGAGUGUUUUGAGCGUUUCGACAAGGCGUGCCUGCGCUACGAAAGGCGUUUAAAUAACGACCGCACUUUAAUCGCGGUUGUCCAUAACGUUUCCUGUCGUUUUCUGUGGCGGAUAAACCUCCAGGCGAGGGUUAGGUUUGCUGGAAAAUGAUGAGCAAGAGUGGCGCGAGGACGUUUGUGGUGGGCGCGCGCGGGAUUUCCCGUUGCUUUCGCCUGAAUUGUGCACAAAGUUCCGCCGGUGCCUCUCCAAGACAGCGAGAAGGAAUACAAAGUAGGCAACUGAAGGAGGACGAGCUCCGUCCACUUUACAUGGACUUUCAGGCGACCACACCAAUGGAUCCAAGAGUUUUGGACGCUAUGCUUCCGUAUCAAGUGAACUACUAUGGCAACCCACAUUCUAGGACCCAUGCGUAUGGCUGGGAAAGUGAGGGCGCCAUGGAAAAAGCGAGAAAACAAGUGUCAGAUCUUAUUGGGGCCGAUCCACGAGAAAUUGUGUUUACCAGUGGUGCCACAGAGUCCAACAACAUGUCAAUCAAAGGUGUGUCCCGGUUCUAUAAAGCCAAGAAGAAGCAUGUCAUCACCACACAGACAGAGCACAAGUGUGUACUGGACUCUUGUCGUAUCUUGGAAGCUGAAGGCUUUGAAGUAACAUACUUGCCUGUAAAAAGCAAUGGAAUAAUUGACUUACAGCAACUAGAGGAAACGGUGCGUCCUGAUACAAGCUUGGUAUCCAUAAUGACAGUCAAUAAUGAGAUUGGAGUCAAACAACCUAUCAAAGAAAUAGGUCGUAUAUGUAGGGCCAAGAAUGUGUUCUUCCACACGGAUGCUGCUCAGGCCAUUGGAAAAAUCCCCAUUAAUGUAUCAGACUUGAAAGUGGAUCUGAUGUCUAUUAGUGGGCACAAAAUAUAUGGCCCCAAAGGUGUGGGUGCGCUGUAUGUGAGAAGGAGACCCAGGGUUCGCAUUGAGCCCCUUCAGAGUGGAGGGGGUCAGGAGAGGGGUCUGCGCUCUGGCACCGUGCCCACUCCCCUGGUUGUGGGGCUCGGGGCUGCCUGUCAAAUUGCCCAGCAAGAGAUGGAGUAUGACCAUGGCCGAGUGUCUGAACUUGCCAAUCGCCUUGUGCAGAGGAUCAUGUCUGAUGUCCCUUAUGUCAUACUCAAUGGAGAUGCAGAACAGAGGUACCCAGGGUGCAUCAAUUUAUCGUUUGCUUAUGUUGAGGGAGAGAGUCUGCUGAUGGCCUUAAAGGAUGUCGCACUCUCGUCUGGGAGUGCAUGCACUUCUGCUUCAUUGGAGCCUUCCUAUGUACUGAGGGCAAUAGGGACAGAUGAGGACCUGGCCCAUUCCUCAAUCAGGUUCGGAAUUGGGCGUUUUACCACAGAGGAGGAAGUGGACUACACAGCUGAAAAGUGCAUUCAACAGGUUAAACGACUGCGUGAAAUGAGCCCUUUGUGGGAAAUGGUACAAGAGGGCAUUGACCUGAAGAACAUCCAGUGGACGCAGCACUGAACCACUUAUGGGAGAAAUGCUCCAGGAUCACUGAACUGAACUGAAGUAUGAAGUUAUUUUAUAUAGCUUGCUGGAAAUGCCUAGGAGUUCUCUAUCCUCAAAGAAACACGCACAAACACUUCAUUUGGUCAGUGGUAGUAUUUUGUACUGGUAUAUUAUGAUGUGGGUUUUUUUUUGUUUUUUUUUUGGGAACUAAGAGAGCGGAAUUGGGAGUGACCACCAAAGAACUUUCACCACUAAACUUGUGGACUAUGUGAAUAAGUGUCUAUAUUCCUGUUUUCAGAAGAAAAAAAAAUUAAAAUCUCUUUGUAUUUUUUUUGUCUUCCACAAUAGCUUUUCAGCUUUGCAUCAGAAAUAGGACUUCAGACACACUGGUUACAUUCACAAUGGUUUAUAUACCUUGUGGGUACUCAUUUAGCUAUACAUCAAUAACAAGUACAUACACAUGAAUGAUUGAUUAUUAAGAGUACUAUGAUGGACGGGUGUCUUUUGAGUUGCAGGAAAUGUAUUUAUUUAAGAUUAGAUCAUACUUAAAUUGCUAUCACUGGAAAAAAAAAAGUGAAUAAAAGCUUAAAAGGUCUGAAACCA